GUUACCGGUGUUCUACAUAUAUACAGGUUUUUAAACCAAGACUUUAGGCUUGGAAUUCCAGGCUUUAAACCUGAUUACCAGGCAGCAGUUAUAGGCUCCCAUCAAACAGCAAUGAAAACACUUCUGGUGAUAUUGGGUUCUGUUUGCGCUCUAGCCAGUGCUCAAGAUGUCAACUUUGGAGACGCGGAGGACUCGUCUAGUCCUAGUGAGGAGUUUGAUACUUCUGAAGACACAUCGGAGAAGACUGAGGGUGCAGAUACAAGGUUCUUCCAAGGAAACAAUGGAGGUUUCAACAAUGGCGGAUUCAACAAUGGUCAAAAUGGAGGUUUCAACAAUGGUCAAAAUGGAGGUUUCAACAAUGGUGGAUUUAAUAAUGGGCAAAAUGGAGGAUUAACCCUUGGCGGGCUUUUAAACGGACAAAAUGGAGGUUUCAAUAAUGGUGGAUUUAGCAAUGGUCAAAAUGGGGGAUUUAACAAUGGUCAAAAUGGGGGAUUUAACAAUGGGCAAAAUGGAGGAUUUAACAAUGGAGGUUUCAACAAUGGGCAAAAUGGAGGAUUUAACAAUGAAUUUAACAAUGGAGGUUUCAACAAUGGUCAAAAUGGGGGAUUUAGCAAUGGGCAAAAUGGAGGAUUUAACAAUGGAAUUAACAAUGGAGGUUUCAACAAUGGUCAAAAUGGUGGAUUUAACAACGGUGGUUUCAACAAUGGUCAAUGUGGCUGUCAAUGCAGACCUGACCUCACCUUCCAAUACAACGGUAGAGUUCAAGGGAACUGUAGAACACCCGAUCAAACAGGUAAUAAUAAUAAUAAUAACGUUUAUUGCAAAAUAUCUUUUGAAUUUACAAAAUUGUCAGAAAAUAAAAAAAACAUGUAUAUGUAAAUGUACAAUAUUGUU